CUUGUCAUGUAGCUCCUUCGCAUUUCCGCAUGAUUUUUACCAAAAUCUAGAGGAAUCCCAGACACAAAAUUCCACUUUUGAAACUGGGUAUUCAUACAAUCCGAAAAAUCCAACCUUUAAUCUCCUGCAAUUUUCCAAUUUUUCUUGAAACUAGUCAGCCGGUUUUUACCAAAGCAGGUCUCUCCAUUUCUGCAUUUCUUGAUGGGUGCUGCUACUGCCCAGUAUCCGGUUGGUGUUUUUCAUGGAGGUUCCAGAAAAUUGUCUUCUGGUUCUGAUUCCCCAGCAGUGAACUUCCCUUCUAAUAUUGGUAUUUCAAGACUGAAUCUUUACCCCACUUCUUCUUCAGUCCUAUCUUCUUAUAAGGACAACAGUAAAGUGUAUUGUUUGCCCAAUGAUGCUGAUCUCAAGUUUGAUGAUCCACCAAGAAGGAUACUUGACACUAUUGAGAAUCCCAUGCACUUAAAGAAUUUAUCUUUGAAGGAACUGAAGCAGCUAGCUGAGGAAAUCCGGUCAGAAUUGCGCUUUGCCAUGUCAAAUACUGAAAAACCUUUAACAGCUAGUCUCGGGGUGGUGGAGUUGGCUGUAGCUAUUCACCAUGUUUUCCAUGCUCCAGUGGACAAGAUAUUGUGGGAUAUGGAGGAACAAACUUAUGCACACAAGAUUCUCACUGGAAGGAUGCCUCUAAUGCAUUCCCAUCUACAAUCAAACAGUUUUUCAAGUCCCAUGUGCCGCUCUGAAAGUGAAUUUGAUCCAUUUGGAGCUGGACAUGGAUGCAAUAGUAUAUCUGCUGGACUUGGAUUGGCUGUUGCUCGAGAUAUUAAAGGGAAGCGAGACCGCAUCGUUGCAGUCAUUAGCAAUGAAACGACUAUGGCUGGUCAAGUUUAUGAGGCAAUGAGUAAUGCUGGCUACUUAGAUUCAAAUAUGAUUGUCAUAUUAAACGAUAAUCGUCACUCUUUGCAUCCAAAGCUCGAGGAGGCUCCUGAAACGCCAAUCAAUGCUUUGUCUAGUACUCUGAGCAAGCUUCAGUCAAGUAAACUUUUUCGAAGAUUUAGAGAGCUUGCUAAGGUCUUAACUAAGAAAAUUGGUAAAGGUAUGCAUGAGUGGGCAGCUAAGAUUGAUGAGUAUGCACGUGGUAUGAUUGGUCCACCUGGGUCGACUCUUUUUGAAGAGCUUGGCUUGUACUACAUUGGGCCCGUUGACGGGAACAACGUUGCUGACCUAAUCUGUGUUCUGCAUGAAGUGGCGUCACUGGAUUCCAUGGGUCCUGUUCUGGUUCAUGUCAUAACAAAAGAACAGCAGGAAAUAAAAGAUAAUCAGAUGGUUGAAGUUUCAAAUAUAACCCCAGAAAGUUCAUUUAAUUCUGAUCCAUCAUUGAGUUGGAGUCGUACGUAUAGUGAUUGUUUUGUCGAAGCUUUGGUAGUAGAGGCCAAGAGAGACAAAGAUAUUGUAGCAAUUCAUGCGGGCAUGGGUAUGGAGCCAUCACUUGAAUUAUUCAAGAAAGAGUUUCCAAACAAAUUCUUUGAAAUUGGGAUGGCUGAGCAGCAUGCAGUGACAUUUUCGGCGGGAUUGUCAAGGGGCGGGAUGAAACCAUUCUGCAUAGUUCCUUCAGCUUUCCUUCAGAGGGCUUAUGACCAAGUAAUCCAUGACGUAGAUCGCCAGAAGAUUCCUGUGCGCUUUGUUAUUACGAGUGCGGGAUUAGUAGGAUCUGAUGGCCCUAAACAAUGCGGAGCAUUUGAUAUUACAUUUAUGUCGUGCUUGCCAAACAUGAUUGUCAUGGCACCUUCUGAUGAAGUUGAGCUUGCUCAUAUGGUGGCCACCGCCGCCCGUAUUGACGACAGGCCAGUAUGCUUCCGCUACCCGAGAGGUGCUGUUGCUAUGGAAAAUCAUAGUUGUGAAGGUGGAAUUCCCGUGGAGGUGGGUAGAGGGAGAAUUCUCGCGGAGGGUAAAGAUGUUGCUUUGCUCGGCUAUGGUUCUAUGGUACAAAACUGUCUUAGAGCUCAAUCUCUGCUUUCGAAGCUCGGCGUUGAAGUGACUGUUGCUGAUGCUAGAUUCUGCAAGCCCCUAGAUGCUAAGCUCAUUAGAAGUUUAUGCAAGAAUCAUUCUUUUCUAAUUACAGUGGAGGAAGGAUCUAUAGGAGGUUUUGGAUCACAUGUCGCACAAUUCAUUUCCCUCGAUGGACAGCUCGAUGCAGGAAUCAAGUGGCGGCCGAUCACUUUACCAGACAACUACAUCGAGCAGGCGUCGCCAAAAGAACAACUCGAAGUGGCAGGGCUGUCGGGAAAUCACAUUGCUGCAACAGUGCUAAGUCUACUGGGGCGAAAUCGCGAAGCUCUUUUCUUGAUGUGAUACAAGUUUUGUUUUGGUUUGGUUUGGUUUGUGGUAUAGAUAAAAGUGUCCAUAGUUUAGUCUAACACUUCUGGGAGAAAGAUGAUAAAAAUGUAUAUGCAGAAGGACAAAAACUGAAAAAAAAAAAAAAACUGUUAAUUGUAAA